AUGGAAUGCAACAUAGAGGAGGCACUCAGAGCAAUGCAACUUUCGAAACGAAAGAAAAAAGGUGGUGAAUUUUCAGGUGCACUGAAGAUGGCACAAAAGGCUAAUGGACUCUUUCCCGAUCUUGAGAAGAUUCCUGAAUUGGUUGAAAGGUGUAAAGCUCUUAAGAAAAUUCCUCGAUUACUUGCAAAGUGUGAAGUUCUCUAUUUAAUGAUUGAAGUUGGUCUUUCUCAACUGAAUGGAGGCCAUCACCCGUGGACGUCUUCAAGCAAAAUGCAGGGUCGUUCUAACACUAACUUUAAGAAAGAUGAAAAAGAACCACGCACAUUCACGUCAUGUUGCCCUUCUUGUAUGGUAUCAUGCUCAAUCUACAAAGUCUAUGAAAAUCAAUUGUUACUUUGUCACAAAUGCCAAAGUACCUUUGUUGCUCAUGACUUGUGUAUUGAAGGUGUACAACCAGAAUCUUCCGGGUACAAAUUUGCGGAUCAUAAAGACUCUCCAAGCCAGGGUAGAUCAGAAGUAGCCUCACAAAGUAAUGAUGGAACUGAAAACCCGUCUGUCACAAGAUUUAAUGGAAAUGCAGCCUUGAGUCCGGUGUCAAAGGCGAGAACUGCUGCUGAUGGCAGCAGGGGGUCUAAGUCUAACCCUGAAAAGAAUGAUAUUCGGCAUGAGGUUGGAGUAGGGAAGGUUGGUUUUCAAAUGUCCAAGUCUAGUCUAGAAUCUAGAGAAAGUUUCAAAACUGGAAAUAAAGCUAGAGCUGAUUCUGGACAGGUUGAACUCAAUGGAGGCUAUCGCCUUAGGAGGUUGAGGGACAGUCAUAUGUCCAGUGCUACUAAAAAGGAGCAGCAGAAUGCUGCUGUGACUGAUGGGGUAUUUACAAGGGAUAGGCCAACUGGUUCUGCUGCUGCAGCUGCCGUGGAUCGAUACAAGAAAGAACCAAAACAAAAAGCGAGUGCCUCUCGAGAAAAAAGGUUUCGCAGCAAAAAUUGCAAACUGGUGAGUUUGAGUUGGAGGUAA